AUUGAGUAAUUUAUAAAGAGCAGAAAUCUGUUUGUCACAGUCGUGGACUCUGGGCGUGCAAGGUGCUAGCAGGUUCAUGUUUGUUGGGAGCCAGGUCUCCCUUUCCAAGAUGGCUCCCUCCUGCCUCACUAGCGCUGGGCUGAGGUGUGCAGGAUGCAGAGGAACCUUGGGGAACAGAGGGGAGAACUAGCCAGGAUUGCAGGGGCCCACACCCUGUCCCUCCCAGCAACACUGGGGGAAGGGGUCCCAGCUGGGUUUGUUUUUAAUCUAUUUUUAUUUUCUUCUGGAACUCUGUAAACAGGAAACCGGUGUUGAGUAAAUGACUUCAAAGAGAUGAAAACAGAAGAGUAACAUCUUACUUUAUUCUGUUUAUAAAACGUACCCCUCAUAUUACCUGACUCGAGCUGCACCGGAUCCUUCAGAGCUACUGCUAAUCCUCAUCCCGCAGACUUGGGCACAGAGGCUAACGGGCGAAAUCCAGGUCUUACUCGGAAAGUUUUAAAUGAAAUACGAAAAGUAAACAGCGCGGGGUAGGCUGAGAGGCAAAUGUCUAGGAGAUGGCUCCCAUCCGGAAAUCAGAGCCCUGAGAUUUUUGGUUAAGUGUGGAGGCUGGAUCUGGAGGGAUCGCGCGGAGUCACCGCUCCUCCAGCGUUCAGCCUUUCUUGACCUGCUCGGCCACCGUAGAGUCCCGUUGCUAUGACGACCACGGGCUGCUGGGGACACACAGCGGCGCGUUGUGAGGCGUGGAGGGAGUCCCCGGCUCUCCAGGGUCUCGUCUCCACGACCCGCGAGCCUGAGCGGCGCCAUGGGCCGGAUCACAGAAGAUCUUAUUAGACGGAAUGCGGAGCACAAUGACUGUGUAAUUUUUUCCCUGGAGGAACUCUCUUUACAUCAGCAAGAAAUAGAAAGGCUAGAACACAUUGACAAAUGGUGCCGAGAUCUAAAAAUUCUCUAUCUUCAGAAUAAUCUUAUUGGGAAAAUUGAAAAUGUUAGUAAACUUAAGAAGCUUGAAUAUUUGAAUUUGGCUUUAAACAACAUUGAAAAAAUAGAAAAUUUGGAAGGCUGUGAAGUGCUAAAAAAACUUGACUUGACCGUGAAUUUCAUUGGGGAGCUGAGCAGCAUCCAAACCCUGAAACAGAACAUCCACCUGGAGGAGCUCUUUCUCAUGGGAAAUCCAUGCGCUAACUUCGAUGGCUACCGGGCGUUUGUGGUGGCAACUCUUCACCAACUAAAGUGGUUGGAUGGUAAAGAAAUAGAACGUUCAGAACGAAUUCAGGCACUGCAGAACUAUUCAAUGAUUGAACAGCAAAUCAGAGAACAGGAAAAAGCUUACUGCCUCAGACGAGCCAAAGAAAAAGAAGAGGCUGAGAAUAAAGUUCGCAGCGAGUAUGGAAAUGUGGACAAGAGGAGUAAUCCAGGCUUUGAUGGACGGUGGGACCCUGACAUCAGUUCUUCUCCGCCAUCUUCUCUGGAGAGCAAAGACCACGUCCUAUCACCAGAGUCACAGGAAGAGGCGUGCAACAAAAAGAAAUCAUAUGAUAAUGAAGAGGAUUUAGAAUUUUGGAGCAAACCAUGCUUGUUUACUCCUGAGUCUAGAUUGGAAACUCUUAGACAUAUGGAAAAACAACGGGAAGAUCGAGAAAAAUUAAGUGCAAAGAAGAAAGUGAAACCACCCAGGGUGUUGAUCACUGAGGAUGGGAAGGUCUUGAACGUGAAUGAGCCCAAACUGGAUUUCUCUUUGAAAGAUGAUGAAAAACACCACACGAUCAUCCUGGAUCUUGCUGUCUACAGAUACAUGGAUACCUCUUUAAUUGAAAUUGAUGUGCAGCCAACUUACGUGCGAGUGAUGGUCAAAGGGAAGCCAUUUCAGCUUGUCCUUCCUGCAGAAGUCAAACCCGGUAGCAGUUCUGCAAAGAGAUCUCAGACCACAGGGCAUCUGGUUGUCUACAUGCCCAAGGUAGAGGAAGUGAUCGCAUGUGUUCGGCCAGCAUCCAAGUCUGUGAAAGCUACUUCAGACAGUAGCAAGGAGCAAGGAAACCAGAGGAGCAAGAACAUUGAGAAGCUGGAAGUAGAUCCCAGUAAACAUUCCUUCCCUGACGUGACCACCAUAGUUCAAGAGGAAAAGCAUCCACCCAGAAGACUGAAAUCCGAACCCCAAAUCCAGGAAGACCCAGGCUUUGAAGAUAACCCUGAAGUGCCUCCAUUGAUCUGAAACCUGAGUCGUACUGCCAUUGGCCCUGACCCGCAGGCUGGUCUUGCUGGAUGCUGUGUGAGUGUGUGUGCCCUCAUCACUUCCUGGAGAAACACAGUUACUCAUCACAGCUACUAGCCAGGUGUUCGUUACUUCAAACAGUGAUAUUCUUAAACACAUUUAAAGUUAAAACACGUCGUUAAAUAUGCCUUAACUCAUCCUUUGUCUAUAAGAAAAUGCUGGUCAGAGAAAAUGCUCAAUAAAAUCAUAGGAUUGUAAUAGAAAUGUUGGUUAUACAUCACAGGUCUGCUUGCUUAUGCAACAGGAGCAGUAGGUCGAGUUGUCGUUCCAUGGCACAUCUGCUUUCGCUGGUGCCGAGGCUUCAGGGAGAGAUUCCCUGGAACAUUAUGUCUUCAUCGACAGUCAAGGAAUAAUAGUUGACUCGUAGGUCUGUCUCCUGAUAAAGUGUAUAUGGCAGCUGGUAUAGUGUUAGCCAUUCACUCGUAGUCCCUCCUCUUCCUCUUCUCCCUCCUCCUUCCUCUUUUACCUCAGUUACUCCCCCCUUCUCAUCUUCACCUUUUCCCCUUUACCCAACUCUCCUCUAAUUCCUUCUUCGUGUGUAGUUUGACCUUUUCUUCUUUAUUUAGAAUAUUACUAAUUCAGUAUUCCACAUAUACUGUAAGAAAAAUUGUUGUCACUCAGGACAUAAUAUACCCAUGUGUAAAUCAGGCUUGCCCAAAUAUGCUUUCCAAAAAUGCUUAGGGAGCAACUUCAAAUGCUAGCAACUGUCUGUGCAUCAGUGGGCUUAGAUUCCCUCUGUUCCCUCCCUGAGGUCCCUGGGUGUGGUGCUCAGUCCCCAGCGUACCCCGAUUGGGAAGUGGGGCCUGGUAGGAGUGGGCAAUAGAGAUACUGAUCUCCAGCAGGAAGCUGUCCCUAGAGCAAGUGGCCACGAAAGCCUGAGCCCAAUACCUUAGUCACUCAUCGGCUUGCCGUUUCGAGUCCGAUCCUUUCUACCCACAGGCUACUGUUGUCCUAUGAAGGUAUUCCACAGGAGACCGCAUUAGAGGACAAAUCAGUGCUCUGUCCCUGCCUGACAUUGCACUGUGAGCCUGCAGCCCUCCGAGCUCACUAUACCUCUUUCUGUUAUAAAGCUAGCCUGCAUUGGGUUUUAGUGUAGUAAUAGAAAGCAACUAACAUAAGUAGUAUGUUUGGCAGGGUGGGGAGUAUCCCAGUGUAUAAAAGCUACCGUAUGAGGGUGACAGUAGCUAUAAGGGGACAGAGCUAGGGGAACGGCCUUAGGAGGGACUUUCUAAGCCAGUGUCUUUUUUUUUAAGCAAAGUUUCCGACAGAAAG